AUGAUGGAUAAAUCCUCCGUCUUCGUAUCUUCAGUGCCUAAACGACGUCCUCCAUUGCCAUCAUAUGUUUACACAAAUCGAAAGUUUCAAUUAUUGCCAGAAGUGCAUCACCCAUACGUUGGAUCAGCUGGAAAUAUGAUGCAGGCAACUGAUGGUGAAUCAGAUCGAACAAACCUUAAAGGUAGACGACAGUACCAACAAUUGAACAGAAACCAAAAAAAAUCUUGUCGAUGUUCGCCCAUCUGUUUGGUGCUCUCAUUGCUAGGUAUUUUUCUUGUUUGUGCGAGUAUUGCUGCAAUGCUUGUCGCUUUGAUAUCAAUCCCAAAAACAACAACCACUACAAGCACAUCGACAACGUCGACAUCAACAACAUCAACAACAUCAACGUCGACAACAUCAACAACAUCAACAACGUCAACAACAUCAACAACAUCAACCUCAACAACCUCAACAACCUCAACCUCGACAACUUCAACAACCGCAACAACUACUACUACCACCGGUGCCCCUUGCAGUUGUAAUUAUUGUGGUUAUUAUGGUUUUUAUAUUUAUAAUAGUGCUACUUAUGGUUGUACUAUUACUUCUUUUGGUAGUACUUAUUGUUUAUAUAAUGGUAUUCUCUAUUCUUAUACUGGUUAUUGUUCUCUUAAUCUUUGUAAUAGUCCUUAUUAUGUUAGUCCUGGUUUUUAUGAUUGCUAG